AUGACCGACCAUUCCGCAGUUUACAUUGGCACGGCAUUUGUGGCCGGGGUCUGUGUAGCCAUUGCAUGCAAAGACCUCCUUAACCGGUCGCGUCGCGAGAAAUCGACAGCCGAAUCCCCAUGCAAUGGCUCAGCCGCGCGACCAGGGCCUCCGGCUAUCGUGGAGGGUAUUGAGGGCUGUAUUGGGAACACUCCCCUCUUUCGAAUUAAGUCGCUGUCAGACGAGACAGGAUGUGAGAUCCUGGCCAAGGCAGAGUUUUUGAAUGGCGCCGGGCAGAGCUCUAAAGAUAGAGUGGCGUUGAGCAUGAUUGAAAUGGCAGAGGAACAAGGUAUUCUGACUCCCCAUUCGGGUGACACCAUAUACGAAGGCACAUCAGGAUCCACAGGCAUAUCGCUAGCAACGCUAGCUCGAGCAAAAGGGUAUCUAGCACACAUAUGUAUGCCCUCAGACCAGGCCAUUGAAAAAUCCAACCUGCUCCUCAAACUUGGAGCUAUAGUUGACCGUGUGCCUCCAGCACCGAUAGUCGAAAAAGACAACUUCGUCAACCGCGCGCGGGCACUCGCACAAGCGCAAACAGCCUCCUCGUCCGCAGACCCAACCCAAUCUGUCGUUGGGUCAAAUGACCGCACAAAAAGCGGCCGCGGGUUUUUUGCAGAUCAAUUCGAGAACGAAGCCAACUGGCGCGCACACUACCUCGGAACCGGUCCGGAAGUCUAUGCCCAAUGCGACGGCCAGCUGGAUGCCUUCGUCGCGGGGGCCGGUACGGGCGGGACGAUCGCUGGCGUAGCGCGGUUCCUGAAGCCCCUGCUACCGAAACUCACCGUUGUGCUUGCCGAUCCACAGGGCAGUGGUUUAUAUAACCGGGUACGGUAUGGCGUGAUGUUUGAUCUCAGGGAGCGGGAGGGCACGCGGCGUCGGCGCCAGAUCGACACUAUCGUCGAGGGCAUUGGCAUUAAUCGGGUGACCGCGAAUUUCGAGGCUGGAAAGGAGCUCGUCGAUGAUGCUGUGCGUGUGACGGAUGCGCAGGCGCUGGCGAUGGCUAGGUGGCUUGUUGAGAAGGAUGGCAUCUUUAUUGGGAGUAGCAGUGCCGUCAACUGCUUUGCUGCGGUCAAGAUAGCCAUGAAACUGGGGCCUGGUCAUAGGAUCGUGACGGUGCUGUCGGACUCGGGCUCGCGGCAUCUCUCCCGGUUCUGGGCUAAGGCCGGUGAUGUUGGCGGGGCGGUUGAUACGAGGCUUGAAGAUGUCCUUAAAGUACGGGAUGAAGACUUCCAAUAA